UUAGCCCCAAGAAACUUACUAGUGGACGCAGGGAAUUUUGUUUUAGACAAAAUGACGCCUGAUAUGAUCCAGGACUGUUCCCUGCGCCAGUUUAAGUGUAACAACACUAAGUGCGUGCAAUUAACAUGGAUGUGUGAUGGAGAAGACGAUUGCGGAGAUAACUCGGAUGAAGAUCACAUGGAAUGCAAAGAAAAUCGAUCAUGUUCAUCCACGGAGUUCAAGUGCAAAAACAACAGAUGUAUUCCACUUCACUGGCAAUGUGACAACGAGAACGAUUGUAGAGACGGCAGCGAUGAAGAUCCUCAUACUUGUCAACACCGUGUAUGUGGGCCAGAGGAGUUCACAUGUCGGGAUUCUAUAGGAGAAUGUGUUCCCCUGACUUGGAUGUGCGAUGAUAAUGCUGACUGUGCAGACGGUUCCGAUGAAAAAGCGUGCAACGAGACAUGUCGCACGGACGAGUUUACGUGUGCAAACGGCAAGUGUGUGCAGCAGAGAUGGGUGUGCGAUCACGACGAUGAUUGUGGUGAUCGCUCGGACGAGCUUAAUUGUCCCCCCAAGACCUGCUCGCCAGACACGGAGUUCGCCUGCGCUCUCGGCAACAACAGCUACUGUAUCAACGCGAGGUGGCGCUGCGACGGGGACUACGACUGCCCAGACGAAUCUGAUGAAAAGAACUGCACAGAAAAGCCACACCGCACAUCAGUGUGUCUAUCUCGCGAGUUCGCCUGUCCGGACCGUCUGACGUGUAUACAUCAAGCUUGGGUGUGCGACGGAGACUACGACUGUCCGGACGGCGCGGACGAGUCUCCGGACGUGUGCAAGAACGUCACUUGCCGUCCGGACCAGUUCCAGUGUCAUAACAAGGGGUGCAUCCCUGGACAUCUGCAUUGCAACGGUCUGGCUGAGUGUUCUGAUGGAAGUGAUGAGGAGGACUGCAAGAGGGCGUUCCACUGUGAGGAGAACCAGUUCGACUGUGGCGGUGGCACCUGUAUCUCACUCAGCUUCGUGUGUAACGGCAAGGCCGACUGUCCUGAAGGCGAAGACGAACCUGAGGGCAAAUGUGACGUCAACGAGUGCCUGGUCCACAACGGCAACUGCUCCCACAUCUGUGUCGAUACGCUGGUCAGCUUCCAUUGUGACUGCAGACCGGGGUACAAGCUGGUGGACGACGGGCGGAGUUGUGAAGAUAUUGAUGAAUGUGAGAAUCCUGGCGCGUGCUCUCAAAUCUGCUACAACGAGAAAGGCACAUUCAAAUGUGAAUGUGAAGACGGAUAUCUUCGGGAUCCUCAUGACAGGACGAGGUGUAAGGCAACUGAAGGUCACGCAUCUUUAUUGUUUGCAAGACGUCAUGAUAUCCGUAAAAUCUCUUUGGACCACCACGAGAUGACUGCUAUUGUAAACGACACCAAGUCCGCGACCGCUUUGGACUUUGUUUUCCGAACUGGAAUGAUUUUCUGGACCGAUGUGGCUGAUCAGAAAAUAUUCAAAGCUCCAAUAGACGAAGGUAGUGACAGAACCGUUGUGAUUCGUGGAGAGAUGACAACAGCUGACGGGCUAGCUGUGGACUGGAUCUACAACCAUAUCUACUGGACAGACUCCGGUAAAAACACCAUAGAGCUGGCCAACUUUGAGGGAAGCAUGAGGAGAGUUCUCAUCACAGACCGACUGGAGGAGCCUCGAGCAAUCGCCGUCAACCCGUUAGAGGGCUGGAUGUUCUGGACCGACUGGGGUAAGGAAGCUAAGAUAGAGCGCGCUGGCUUAGACGGCUCUCACAGACAAACUAUUGUCUCUUAUGACAUCAAGUGGCCCAAUGGACUCACCUUGGACCUGGUAAGACGCAGGGUGUAUUGGGUGGACGCUAAGUUGAACAUGAUCUCGUCCUGUGACUACGACGGCGCAGCUCGCAGACAAGUUCUGAGAUCUCCUGAGUUCCUUCAUCAUCCAUUCUCCAUCAGCGUGUUCGAAGACCAUGUCUAUUGGACAGACUGGGACAAACAAGCCAUCUUUCGCGCCAACAAGUUCAAUGGCAGCAGGGUUAACGCAAUAACUGCGUUACACAUGCUCCAGCAUCCCAUGGUCCUGCACGUGUACCACCCCUACAGGCAACCUGACGGUGUUAACUACUGUGCUGCUGUCAACGGCCAUUGUUCUCAUUUGUGUCUGCCAGCGCCGCAAAUCAACAAUAGAUCACCUAAGAUAUCCUGCGCGUGUCCUGACGGCCUAGUACUCAUGGCAGACGGUCUUAUGUGCACUGAGGAUCUUCCUACCACCAUCAUCCCAGAACCGACACCUCCGAUGAAUGUUACAUUAGUUCCAAGUACCAAAGAGAUUGAGAAUGAGACGCCCAAAGAUUUGCCAAUUCCAGAGGAGCCAGAUGAUGGCAUGAUCGCAAUGGUCGUCAUCGCUGUUGUCACGGUGGUGCUGAUAUUUGUGUCACUGAUCGCCCUUGCAGUGUACCGGCAUUACCUGCAUCGCAAUGUAACCAGUAUGAACUUCGACAACCCUGUAUACAGAAAGACUACAGAGGAUCAAUUCUCUUUAGAGAAGAAUCAGUAUCAGCCCACCCGCAUCUACCCGUCCACGGUUGGAGAAGAGGCUCUUAAUGAUUUUUUGGCGCAGGAGCCGUUGACGAGUCCGGGCACCAACGACUACGUAUAAUCUGCAACAGAGCAGCCCAAAGAGCACCAGUGAACAAGUGACUAAAUCUACCACAGCCAAUUCAUUGAUGAUUGUGCCAAGAAAUAACUCUUCCAAGUAUAUUUUUUUAAAGGAAAUCCACGUUUCCAACAUGUUUUUAUAUGUGUUUACGAAUAAUUUAAACUAAAUUACUAUAGUGCACCAUGAAAAUGGAAUUUUAGGUCCUUACUAGUUCAUACUUGAGUUUGAAGAUUAUAUUUUAGUUGGUAAAUUUCCCUGUAAAUUCUCAAAUUAAUGUAAUUUUGUAUAGAUGUAUAAAUUGUCUAAGCAUAAAUUGUAUGCAUAAAACCUAAAAUUAUAUGUUUCAAUAUUUUGGUAAAUGCACAAUAUUCAGACUAAGAUAGGCGAAUGGCACAUUAGAUAAGUUUAGUUUAUUAUAUCCCUUAUAAUAGUUUUGUUCCUAGUUGAAUCAUUUUUAUAAUUAAAUACUUUCACUUGUAGUUUUAAUAAGACCUUCAUAUAGUUUUACUACUGAAGUUUCUUGACAUUUUUGUAAAUCGCUUUGUACAAUAACUGUCAUGUUCAUACACGAAAGAUUUUUUUAACUAUCAAAAGUCAUAUUAGAAUUAGAAUUUUAGAACUAUACCCUUUAACUUUAGCUUGAACAUUCCCUACAGAUCAUACUGUAGAAACAAAUUCUUCCAGAAAUUUGUUUCUUUCUACGCCUGUAAAUUUUGUGCCAACUAACGAUAAAGUUUUCAUGAAAUAUAAUAAAUAAUUGUAUAACUUCACUUAUUCCAAUUGUACGUUCCACUGUUGUUUUUGUUUAUUGUUAUUUGAUUUUUCAUAGUUACCUGUGAUUUAUUUUAUAGGGUUAUGGUAGUUUAAGCGAAGAGAUUUUCUAUUUUGUAAUUUAAUAUGUGAUUAAAUAGCUGUUUAUGAUUAGUUGAUAUAGAAUCCUAUGUAGGUUAAAAUCGUUAUAAAUUGGGUAAAUACAACUUUGUUAAGAAUAUUUUUAAGCCUAAAUUGUGUAUUUGUUUUAGUAUGAACAAGAAAUAUUCAAAUUAUUAUUUCAAACUUAGUCAACCUCCAGCCUACCUAAUUUUAUAAAAUUAUUAGACGUAAGUUUAACGUUAACCUUAUUUUCGUUAAAUACCUUCCAAAGAGUUAUUUGUAGCUUUAAUCGUGCCAUAUUUUAAGACUAAUUAAAGUUUGUCAAUGCUGUGUUGUGUAAAUAUAAUAUGAAUUAAAUAAGUAUAAAUAUGUUGGUAAGUCGUAAUGAAAUGCCACCAACGACUGGUACUAGUUGCAUUGGUAACUGAGAAAUUAAUUGAAUCAGUUACUAAAAUCGUAAAAUGUUUUAUGAAGUUUUCCAAGUAUGUUUAGUGUUGAUAUGUAUUUCAAUCAACGUCCAGGCGAAAAUAAACUCCUGACAUAUUAAAUCAAAACACAAAGAUUAGAUACAAGUUAUCAAUAGUAUACAUUUAAGCUGCUUAACAUUCCUGAUCAUAUUCUUCAAAAGGGAUGGAAAAUCCCUUGGCCUAAUUUUAAAGAGUAAUGUAUAAGCAAAAAAAAAUAUAGACAUCAUUUCUUAACGAGCUUUUUUAUGUUGACUUAAACAACUUAUCAAUGAAAAAGUAUUAACACAUUGCUAAUAUUAUAGCUGAGAUUGAAACAGUUAUUGUUCUAUGCAGAUAAAUUUAUAUGAUUGACUUAUCCGGUUGUAAGACUUACUUUUUCAAACAUAGAUUUUAAUUAGGCCUAUAAUGUAAUGGUGUUAAACAGUAAACUAUUAUUUUAUGGCCAUAUAUUCUUCUCUCGACAUGAUUGUUUACACCAUUAUAAAUUUAAAAUCUUGUUAUGAAUAAAGCUAAAUUUUGUGCUAUUUAUUUAUGUUCUGCAAAACAGUUUAAAGUAAAUAGUUAUAAAAACAAACUAAUAAAAACCGUCCGAAAACUGUUUUAAAAGUAAAUAAUUAUUCGUUCAUUAAAAAUCCCAUGACAGUAUAGUUAUGAUUCGAAUAUUUUGGCACACAAUUUACAGCAAUUUUGUACUCACAAUUCAGUUUGUAAUAUACUCAAAGUCAAAAAAAUACAACGGUUCCAUAGAAUAAAAAACAUAGUUAAGUUACUAAACUUUAUUAAUUUAUAAUGGAGUGUAUAUUUUUAAGUUACACUUUAUAUAUGCUUUUUUAUUAUACUAGGUUUGAGUCUUUUAAAAACUACAAACUACCUAGUUAUUUAAAAGUUUAAAAAGAGUCUUGAAUGAGUGAGUGAUUCAUUCAAUAUUACGAGUUUAUAAUAUUUUAAGAAAGGUCCCGUUGAAUGAAUUAUACGUCCUAUUUACCUUAAAAUAAAUCAUCUUCUAAUUUAUUCCAGAUAUAUUGCAAUCUUUGAGUUCUAAAAUUACUGUAAAUAAUUAUACGCGUGUCUAGUGUGAUUUGCUGUAUCGAUAUAACUAUUGUUUAGCUCAAAAUAAAUAUAUGUUGUCUCAUUUUACGUGUCUUUGUAAUAAAUACGUUUUAAAUUAUAAA